GCUCAUUCUCUCUCAUUAAGGAGCCAGGAGCGAAAGGGACACAGAGACGAACGAGCGGUCUCCUCCGUCCUAUAACCAGAGGAUUACCACUCCUCGGAUACGCUGGGCCGAACCAAAGCAAAGCAUACGAAGACGCGCACGUACGCCGCAGUUGAUUUUCACCUCGUGGCUCCGCUUCUUAUUUUCAUCCUUCUGACCGCGCGGGGAACUAGAGCGCUUUCUGCGCAGCGGCCAUGGGGUUGGCCAGCAGAGCUGUCGGGAAGCUAGGGGUGCUGAAAUGGAUACCCCCGCUCUGGCGGUUAGCGCUGUUCUUUUUCUCCAUCAGGCAAUUGGAUGCUCAAGCAGCCAAACCCAGAUACAUUUGGCAAACAGGUCCAUGGGGUCGAUGCAUGGGCAGCGAGUGCGGCCCCGGCGGCAGCCAAAGCAGAGCAGUAUGGUGCGCUCACUCUGAAGGUUGGACCACUCUCCACACCAACUGCGACCAGUCAGAACGGCCCAACAACCAACAAAUCUGUUUUAGAGUGUGCGACUGGCACAAAGACUUGUAUGACUGGCAACUGGGCGCGUGGAACCAAUGCGUUCCCGUGUCAAUGCGCAGCGCGGGGGUGCCACGGCCCACCGUGUGCACUCGGGGCGAGGAGGGGAUACAGACCCGCGAGGUAGGAUGUGUCCAGAAAGCUAACGGUGAGCCGGCGGAGGACGCCAUCUGUGAAUACUUUGAACCCAAACCCCGUCUGGAGCAGGCCUGUCUCAUCCCGUGUCCUCGGGAUUGUGUGUUGUCAGAGUUUAGUCCGUGGACGCCCUGUUCUAAAACUUGCGGGAUGGGCUUACAGAACAGAAUUCGCGUCGUUCUCGCGGCGCCGUUGUUUAACGGGGCGGCCUGCUUAAACCUAACGGAGUUUCAGACGUGCCAACCGGGAUCGUGCGAAGGGGAAGAGAGCCAGUAUAGUCUGCGGGUCGGAUCCUGGGGGCCGUGCUCCGUGCCGGUCGCGAGGCAGGCCAGACAUACGGACGAGCCGACACGUGAGAGUGACGAGCCGUCCGGAGAAAGUGAAAAGUUAGCAAAAAGACAGGGGAAAAAACAGUCUAAAAGAAGGGACAAACAGAGCAGAGACAAGGGGGACGAACUUGCAAGAGAUGGAGACAAACCACUAAAGUCCAACAGGAAAUUGGGCAAGGUGAACAGGAAACCAGACAGACCUUCUCGUCAGGCAGACCGGCCCCCCCGACAGAGAAAGGUUAAAAACAAAGAAAAACGAGAGAAAAUUAAAGUCCGAGAGAGGGGUAAGGUCAAAGAUCCGGAGACCAGAGAACUUAUCAAAAAGAAACGCAACAGAAACCGCCAGAAUCGCCCCGGAGGAAAGUUCUGGGAUCUGCAAAUCGGUUACCAGACAAGAGAAGUCACCUGUGUGCACAGGAGCGGGAGUGUUGAAGCUCUAAGCCUGUGCUCACGUGAGUCUCUGCCAGUGACCUACCAGGCGUGUGUCAUAACAAAAGACUGCGAUGUGACCGACUGGUCUGAAUGGUCAGCUUGCUCCAAGGAGUGCUAUGACCCCAAUGGGCCAAAUGGUGAGCGGACUCGCACAAGAAAAGUGAGUCAGUUUCCUACUGGAGGAGGGGCCGAGUGUCCCGAGCUGGAGGAGAGCCAGCCGUGCAGUCCUCGGGGAGAAACGGCGCCACCCUGCGUGGUUUACAACUGGAAGAGCACAGAGUGGACAGAGUGCAGAGUGGACUUGCUGCUGAGCCAACAGGACCGUCGUAAAGGAAACCUGACAGGCUUGUGUGGAGGUGGGAUUCAAACACGAGAGGUGUAUUGCGUCCUGGCCAGUGCAGAUAUGCCGUCCAAUAUCACUUCUACCAAGAGCAAAGAAGCACUGCGGCCUGUGAACAAUGAUCUGUGUGUCGGUACGCCCCCAAACACCACUCAGCUCUGCCAUAUAAACUGUCCGGUCGAGUGUGAUGUAUCAGCCUGGAGCGCCUGGGGACCGUGCGCCUUUGAAAACUGCCAGGAUCAAACUGCUAAGAAAGGGUUCAAAAUGAGGAAGCGGAAAAUUGUCAACGAUCCAACUGGCGGAACAGGAAAUUGCCCACACUUGGUCGAAGCAAUACCAUGCGAAGACCCCAGGUGCUACGACUGGCUCGUAGUUAAACUGGAAGCGUGCAUUUCGGAUCAUGAGAUGGAAUGUGGACCGGGAACACGAAAUCCUCAAGUUCAGUGUGUCAACAGUGAUGGUCAACAUGUGGAGAGGCAACUCUGCCGUGAUGCCAUACUGCCGAUGCCAGUCAUCUGUGAGGUGCCUUGCCCAAAGGACUGUGCGAUAAGUCCUUGGACAGAGUGGUCGCACUGCUCCCACACCUGCUCUGGAAAAAAUACAGAGGGCAAGCAGACCAGAGCUCGCUCCAUUUUGGCCUACAAUGCAGAACAGGGUGGAAUGCAGUGUCCCAAUGUCAGUGCCUUACUGGAGGUGAGGAGCUGCAAUGACCACCCCUGCACUGUAUACCACUGGCAGACCGGCUCAUGGGGACAGUGCAUAGAGGACUCCUCCAUCCCGGCCACCAACACAUCUUUAAGCAAUGCGCACGGAGACGAUGCCUCGUGCUCAGUCGGGAUGCAGACUCGCAAAGUCAUCUGUGUUCGGGUUAAUGUUGGCCAGGUGCCUCCAAAGAAGUGUCCGGAAAGCCUGCGUCCAGACACUGUCCGGCCCUGCCUGCUGCCUUGCAAAAGAGACUGUUCGGUCACACCGUACAGUGACUGGAACUCCAACUCACCAACGUGUCAGAAAGGUGGUAAGACAAAAAAGAAGCAAUCUAGGAAACGUCUCAUCAUACAAUUACCAGCCAAUGGUGGGCAAGAAUGUCCAGAAGUGCUGACACAAGAAAGAGAGAUUGAUACGCCUGCUGUCUGUCCAGGUUACAGGUGGAAAACACAUAAAUGGCGAAGAUGCCAAAUGGUUCCGUGGUCCAUUCGUCAGGACAGCCCCGGAGCUCAGGAAACAUGCGGAUCAGGCCUACAGGUUCGAGCUGUUUCUUGUCGCAAGCUGGACGGCGGACAGGCCGAUGUCGAAGCUUGCCUGAAGUUCUCGGGUUCUAUGCCAGCUCUCACGCAGCUCUGCCAGCUGCCCUGCCAAGAGGACUGUCAACUGAGCAGCUGGUCCAAAUUUUCUCCUUGCACGGCCGACUGUGUGGGCGUCAGGGUCCGCAAACGCAUACUUGUAGGUAAGAGCAAAAAGCGAGAACAGUGUAAGAACCACCAGUUGUAUCCCCUGAGUGAGACCAAGUACUGCCCCUGCAACAAAUACAACGCCCAGCCCGUGGGCAACUGGUCCGACUGCAUACUUUCCGAGGGCGGCCGCGCGGAAGGACAACUGGGCAUGAAGGUCCUGGGCGACAUCAAGGAGUGCGGUCAAGGGUAUCGAUACCAAGCUGUGGUUUGCUACGACCAGGAUAAUCGCAUCGUACAGACUUCCCACUGCAACAGUCACGGCUACAUUGAGGAGGCUUGCAUCAUUCCCUGUCCGUCUGACUGCAAGCUCAGCGAGUGGUCCAACUGGUCGCGAUGCAGCAAGUCGUGCGGCAGCGGUGUCAAAGUUCGAUCAAAAUGGCUCCGAGAAAAACCUUACAAUGGUGGAAGGCCGUGCCCCAAACUUGAUCAUGUCAACCAGGUGAUUUGUUUCAAAUCAGUUCUUCCAAAAGCUUCAGUCAUUUACAAAUAUAUUUGUUUUUAUGACACUGGAAAAAUGAUAACUGUUUUUCUUCUCCUGUCUUUGAUAAUUGCAUUUCAACCGCAGGCACAAGUCUAUGAAGUGGUCCCUUGUGUCAGUGACUGCGGGCAAUAUGUUUGGGUAGUAGAGCCUUGGAGCAUAUGGAAAGUUACCAAUGCGGACCUGAAGGAUAACUGUGGUGAAGGCGUUCAGACCAGAAAAGUCAGGUGUAUGUUGAACACACUAGAUGGCCCCUCAGAACAGGUGGAGGACUACCUGUGUGACCCAGAGGAGAUGCCUCUAGGAGCUCGCGACAGCCGACUGCCCUGUCCGGAGGACUGUGUCUUAUCAGAUUGGGGAGCCUGGAGUCCUUGCCCGCUGCCCUGUAAUGGGAACAGCACUCGAGAGAGGAGGGCUUCUAUAGCCCGGCAACCCGGAGAGGGGAAGGUGUGUCCUUCGACCACUCAAGCAGAACUUUGCAAACUCAACAGCAAUUGCUUCCACCAUUCCUACAACAUCACCGACUGGAGUACCUGUCAGCUGAGUGAUAGAGCAGUUUGUGGGAAAGGUAUCAAAACACGCAUGCUGGACUGUGUGCGGAGCGAUGGCAAAUCUGUUGACCUGAAGUUCUGUAAAGAGCUUGGCCUCGAGAGGAAGUGGCAGAUGAACGCUUCCUGUGUCGUGGAAUGCCCCGUCAACUGCCAACUGUCCGAGUGGUCGGCGUGGUCCGACUGUACACAUAAAUGCGGACUCCAAGGCAAACUGUGGAGAAGCCGGACAGUCGUCCAGGCCCCCCGGGGUGACGGGAGGCCGUGCCCGACCCAGAUGCAACAGUGGAAGCCGUGCCUCGUGAAGCCCUGCUACAACUGGAGAUACAGCUUAUGGUCUGAAUGCAAGUCAGAGGGUGCAAGGUGUGGAGAAGGCUUGCGCUUCAGGAACAUUUCAUGCUUUGUGUCAGAUGGAUCAGACUUACCGGGAGGUCUUGUGGAUGAUGAAAUGUGUGGAGAACAAGAACCUGCGGUAGAUGGAGAUCCAAAGAUUAUACUGCAGGACUCCUGCACAGUACCUUGUCCAGGGGAAUGCUACUUGACUGACUGGACAGUUUGGAGUCCGUGCCAGUUGAUCUGUUUCGGCGGGGAAGAUCUGGGUUACGGCUCAGUGCAAGUCCGCUCUCGCGCCGUUGUCGCGCAAGACCCCGAGAAUCUGCUUCAGUGUCCAGAACAGGAGCUGGAGGCCCGACCGUGCACAGGGGGACGGUGUUUUGAAUACACAUGGCAAGCUGGACCGUGGAGAAGCUCAUCACGGCACGUCUGGUGCCAGCGUUCGGAUGGCCUGAAUGUCACAGGAGGGUGCCCGACAACAUCCAAACCAAUAGCCGACCGAUCAUGUGACCCUCCCUGCAUCAAGCCACGUUCCUUUUGUACAGAGUCGGGUGUUUGUGGCUGCGAGGAGGGCUACACAGAAGUGAUGACCUCUGACGGCCUACUAGACCAGUGCACUGUUAUCCCAGUGCUUGAACUCCCCACCGCCGGUGACAGCAAAGCAGAUGUCAAGACCAUACGAGCCUUCAACCCCACCCAGCCGGCGUUCGGCCCCAAUGGCAGGGCGGGACGCACCUGGUUUCUGCAGCCAUUUGGUCCAGAUGGAAAGCUGAAGACUUGGGUGUAUGGAGUAGCAGCAGGAGUCAUUGUUCUGCUUGUCUUCAUGAUGUCAAUGACUUACUUAGCAUGUCGUAAUUGUUUUUGCCUUUGCAAUGAGCCAAACUCCAAGUCCCCUGGAGAUGGCUUGUACUGGAUGGACCCAAACAGCUACACGGUGCCUUACAUCUGCCCUGCCUGUCAGAACUUAGAACAGCAAGAGAUCUGCCAACUCCAGAAGCAACAACGAGAUGCGGUUCAACAAGCUCCUCGAGCAUCUCGACAAGCACUAGAAUGCUCCGCGUCUCGCUUUGAAACGCUAAUCACUUAAUCAGUGCCAUCUCUGUUCCUCGCUGGCUCACUUUCGUUCACACCCUCAUUACCCGUGAUGCAUCUUUAUCAUUUCACAUUCAUCAUGUCCUGGAGGUGAGCUUCCAGCAUCCAUUUGACUCAAGGUUUUUCCUGCCAAUACCGACCAGGUUUUCUAUUAUUUACAGUAGUCACAAGUCAUUUUUAGGCAGAUUGGAUUAAAAAAAACAAAUGUUGCAUUUCAUCUUCGCUAUGAAUUCAAAAAGGAAGGUACUAUGUAUCGUUGAGCUGUUUGUAAAAGUAUCAUCUUCUAGUUUGACAAAUAUCACGUAAACUGUUGUAGUUGGACUCGAUGAACUAACACAAAGUAUUUUAGAGCCAACUGUUUGUCGUUUAAAAAGCUAAGUUACCGUCACCAUGAUUUUAGAGCAAUUGGGAGCUCGUUCGUUACAUUCCACACUUAAUGUUUCCUUUUUCUUUUGCCUUUUGUCAUGCAGUAAGAAGCCAAAGAAACCACAGAGACGAACCAUGAAUAACAGACUGAAACCACUGACGCUGGCCUACGACGGGGACGCCGACAUGUAGGAAUCGUCCUGUUUACCGUGCUGAUCUAUGGACAGUUUGCCUUGCGUGGAAAUAUUUGGAAGAGGACCUUUCCAUAUCAAACGCAACGAGCAGUUUUGUCUUUGCCUCUCUGACGUCAUUGAGCUUUUGGAGGUUUGCCUUUUUCGGCCGUUUUUCAAUACAAGUCGGCCACAUGCAGAUUCUCUUUCCUGGUAAGCACAAAUCUUCAUCCUAUAUCUUUUGAUUGGAAUCUGUAAUGGCCAAAAAGAGUAACUUAGUAUGUUGGCUUUAUGAAUCUCUUAGCAAAUCAUCUCUUCUGCCUGCCUCGCUCUUUUAAUGUUUUUGUUUUCCAGGCAUCAUUUUGCACUAUAUUAGUGCACCUGUCGAGCUUACCGUAGGAAAUGGCCUUAUCAAGGGAAACGGCCUCUCCCCAGAUGAGCUUUGGACUCAUUCUGGGGGCAAACAAUGAUUUUUUUUCUUGUUUUUUUUUACUGCAUAUGAUGGGCUUCUUUCUGUAAAUACCUUGUUUUUUUCCCCCUCAGAAUUUCCCUUUUUAACAUGUACAGCUACUCUACCCAAGCACUGUGGGUUAAGUGGAUCUCUCUCUCUCUCUUUUUUUUUAAUAUGGCUAAUACUGAUGAGUUUUAAUUCAGAUAAUUGAUACAAAAAGUGUCUCAUUCAAGCCACAGGGUUGGGUUUAAAUGGGGGAUUGGGGGGAUAUAAGACUGACCAACAUCUUAUUUAUCUUAAUAUAUACUGUAUCCACAACGGAAAAGUACAGCGAGUCCUCAGUUACAAUGGCCUCGACCUACGACCAAAAUCAAAGCGUCUCGCUCGUCGCUAAAUCCAGUUUUGUGGUCACGCAAACCUUACGUGACCAACAUCUGAUUCCGUUUUUUUUCCCCCCAAUUGAGUUGGAGUGAAGGCUGUUCAAAGUAGUCGUGUUCCGUGCUUUCGGUUGCAAUUAUACCAUUGAAAAGCCUCCAUCCGCCUCUCAGCAAUAAUGUCAAAUGGUUCUUAUUUUAACGUAUUGGAUAUUUUUUCGACGGUGAAAUCCGGCGAAAAUUCACUAAGGUAGGAACGUAACUCGAGGACUCUAUAAAGCACUAAAGCUCUAUUCUGAUUUUUAAUUUCGUUAUAUCUUAAUUGCAUGAUAAACUAAAACCAAUCAAGGCAGUUUCCUGUUAUGCACCUAUGCAUCUUUCCAUAGGAUACCGUGGAUAUUAUUGUUUGGCAACCGUUUUGUGUGUCCAGAUUUCAAAUAUUAUAUGGCCUUGUUUUUCAUCAUUUGACUGCUACGUUCCACAAUGCUUUGUGUUGUAUGAUCAACAGUCUUCAGUGAUUGUGGCUAGGUAGGUUAUUGUUACAGUACACAUCUGAGAAGAGGAUUCCAUUUUCCUACCAUUCAAGAUGCAGUUGCAGAUGUACUGUAGUUCAUAUGCAAUAACCACUGUCAACGCCGAAGCAUUGACACUGAUUUAUGAAAUGUAUGCAUCCAUCUAUACACUUAAAAAUACAGAAGGUAUACAAUGUACGCAUUCAUUGAUAUCAUGUAAUUGCCUGACUGUCCAAAAUGAUGUGAAGCUAUUUGCCAGUAAUUCCAUUGAAUGUUUAAUUUAUAUUUUCUUUGAUAUGAGUUGAAAAGCAAGUGUAAAAUCAUUUUUAAAUGUAAUAUUUAUGUACCAUAUUUUUUCUCUUUUGUAAUGAAAAGUGGAACAAAAAAGCGGAGCGAAUGUUAGUAUGCUAUUAACAACCAUGUGAAAAACCAAGAUGCAGAUGAAUGCCGUCCUUUUCCUACUCUUUGUAUGUAUUUGAUGAUAAUAAAAACAAGAAAAGUAAGACUAGGUUUCAUCUUUAUAUACAGUCGAUUGUUUCAUUUACAUCAUU